AUGCGGAAAAGAGUAGAAGAAAAGUUCUCUGUUUCUCAGACAGCCGUGGACACACACCAUGGCAGGGAUUGGCAACGCUGAUGUUGAGGAAACACUGAAGAGGAUCGAAGCCCAUAAAAGUGUGAUUGGGACCAUAGUUGUCAAUGCAGACGGUAUUCCCAUCAGAACAACUUUAGAUAACUCCACGGCAAUUCAGUAUGCAGGACUUUUUCGCCAGCUCACCGUGAUGGCAAGGAGCACAGUGAGGGAUAUUGACCCUCAGAAUGACCUACUUGUUCUCCGCGUCCGCUCCAAGAAACACGAGAUCUUGGUUGCACCAGAAAACGACUUUCUGCUGAUAGUCAUCCAGAACCUAUGUGAAUAGCUUCUGGACAUUUCCAUGAGUCGCCCUUUGUUUUGUCACAUGAUAGUGCUUUAUCCAGGCAAAAUGUCAUGUGUUAUGUUAUAUAACUGCAUAAUCCUUGUUUUUCUGCUUUUAACUCAAGUAUGUCGCCUCAAUCAUUGUUUUAUCGUAUGUAGUCCUAUUUCUUUCAUUAUAUUUUUUAUAUUGAAUAUGUCUGUAAAAUAAAACUGCUGGUGAUUGUACAAUACUA